GCAAGCAAGACGAAGCAGCCUGAAUGGUCACGCUACAGACAAAGACUAUUACUUCGGUGUAACUUUAGGGACCCUUUGGAAUCGUAUGCUGGUGCUGACAUAUACAACAUCUGAGACUUGACUCCCAUUGGAUAAACCACUUGGUGGAGAUUGCACUGCGCCUGUGUUUGUAAGCACAAUCGUCAACUCCGAGAGCUUAGAUGUUGGCAAUACGACAGGACAUGAUGUAGGCUGAGUAAUUAAGUAUCAAGAUACCUGACUGAGUGCAGUAUAUAAGUGUUUGGAUUCCUUUAACAUAGAUAUUACUGGAAUCGGAUAACAAGCCUUAGAACCUACAAGCCUACUUAAGAAUAUCUUGUCUUUUUAUCGUCUAUCUCCGUAGACAAGAUGGUUGAUCAUAGAGAAAUAGUCCGACCAAAAUACAGUUUCGAUGAUAUCCCAUCUUUGAAAGCGAAAGUUGCCCUUGUCACAGGGGCUAACACUCCAGAUGGCGUUGGAUAUCAUGUCGCACACCAACUCGCUCUAAAAGGAGCAAAAGUUUACGUCGGCGCCCGCAAUCUUCAAAAAGCAACAAAAGCCAUCAGAGCCAUGCUUGCCGAAUCACCUCAAUUAAAACCUGAAUCUCUUCUCCCAUUUGCCGUUGACAUGGGGAACUUCACACAAGUCCAACAUGCUGCAAGAAAAAUAGUUGCAGAAGAGCCUCGUCUUGAUAUUCUGAUCAACAAUGCUGCCGUUCUUGCUAGACCCCUGGAUAAAGACGCCAAUGGCAUCUCGGUCUCGUUUGGCAUUAAUCACCUGGGUCCGUUUCUUUUGACUAGGGAGCUUUUACCGUUGCUUAACAAAACUCAAGCUGAACACCCUGGUGUUCGGAUCGUGAAUGUUGCUUCAACGGCUCACUACGAUGUUCCAGCAGGUGCAGAAUUUGGAUCACUAGAGGACUUCAACAAUGCUUACGGUAGUGAGGAUGAACCUUUCGCUAAUUAUCUUCGAUACGGCUACUCCAAACUCGCCAGCAUUCUCCACACCAAAGAACUUCAGCGACGGUUUGACCAAGAAGGCGUUGACAUUCUAGCCCUCAGUGUUCAUCCCGGAGGCGUUGCAACAAAUGGUGCAGCGGGAUAUCUCGGAGGCAGAGACAACGAUAUCUUCAGGUCCGGCCUCUCACCUUUCGAGGGCGCUAUCACUCCUUUCUUUGCUGCUGCUCACCCAGAGCCUGCUCAAGACAGAAAAGAAUUUGCUGGGUCAUUCAUCAUGCCGUUCGGUGGAUUGAAAGAACCAACAGAGGAUGCUAAUAACGCUGAGUUGGCGAAACAGCUUUGGGCAACGUCUGAGAGGGUGGUCAGUAGUGUGUUGGAUUGUUUCAUUUGGGAUAGCAUAUUGAUGCCGAUGGGUGGUAUUUUUAAUAUUGGGCAAAAAGCGUAGAUUCUUGUGUUCAUAGAUUUCUUAUUAUCCUCUUUAUGACUACUUUCCUUGAUUCUACUUCACCUGUACUGCGCUUCAGACUGCCGUGUUCAACCAACACGCACCAUCAGAACUUUAAUGGCUCACCCUACCAUACUCAAUCAAUACAACCGCU